AUGCAGAUUGAAAAAGAAACAUCUUCGGAAUCUAGUGCUCCGCCCACACCUACCCUAAUGCAACAUAGUGCUAAAUCAUUAGGAAAGAGAAAAGUCACGAUGCAGAUUGAAGAAUCUACACCUGAAUCUAGUGCUCGACUCACAAAACUUAGUGCUAAAUCAGCAAAAAAAAAGAAAAGCAAACACGGCAAGCAUGUCGUCGGAACUGGAUAUAAAGAAGUUGAAAACCAUAUUACUGAUAUACCAAAUGAAGAAUUUGAAGAAGGUCCUGGGCUUAAUAUUAAAAUUCACAAUAUAUUCUGGAAGCUGCGUAAAAUCUAUCGGGAAUCAAACGUCUAUCGUCUUAUCCAUUUCUGCUGUAAAACGUCUACUAUUUUUACCCAACCUGAAUUUAUUGAAGAAAGGAAAAAAAUCCCUAACCAUGUUGCCAAACCUAUGAACAGAGCUUUUAGAAGAGGAGAACGGGUCAGCUCCCGAGCUUAUGAGAUCUUGAUGGGAGAAUUACCUGAAGAAGAGAGGACAACAUCACUUUCCGAUGAAAUUAUUGGUGCUCGACGUGCACACGAAUUAAUUCUAACUAUCUCUGAGUUAAAGAAUGAACAGUUUACUGAGGAUAUCACUAUAACAAUUGCACAACAAAGGGACAUUUUACAAAACAAAAAAUUGCUUUCUAAACAGUAUAACUCUACUGAAAUACAUAUAGCACUCCUUGAUACAAAUAUUAAUCGAGCACUAACUGGUUUCGACUAUCGAAGGUACCUGUGCGGCCUCAAAGAACAAAAUAUUUCCUUGAAAAAAUGA